CAUAUACUUGGGAUUUAUAUAUUUUAUAUUUUCUUGUGUAACAUAUCCAACUAUGCAAUUUUGAGAUCAUGGCGUCCUUCAGUGGCAAACCACUAGCGCAAAACCCUUAUAACCCCUUUACUGGAACUCAAGUUCAAACUAUCUCAUCUUCGUCUGUGUUUCCUUCAUCUAACACUUUUCAAGCGCAAAAUAACUCUAACCAGUCCGGUAGUAUCUUUGGAAACAACACUCAAACGCAGUCAUUAUUUGGUAAUACCAAUACUCAAGGCUCUGUUUUUUCACAACCGCAAUCUUUGUUCUCACAGCCUCAGGGUGGUUCCAUAUUUGGGCAAAACACUAGCACGAACUCAAUAUUUGGUCAAAAUAACCAGCAAGGUUCGGUAUUCUCUCAGAAUAGUGGCCAAAAUUCUGUAUUUUCGCAGAACCAGCCUAUAUUCGGGUCAAGUCAAAGUGUAAACGCUUCUCAACAAAAUUCCAUAUUUUCGCAAGGCUUUAAUUCAAACAACACAUUACCAUUUUCCUCACAACAAUCAAUAUUUGGUGCAAAUACACAACAGGAAGGACAUGUUCAACAAGGUUCAGCGUUCGGAUUCACCUCUAAUGUACCUCAGGUAGAACCUUUGCAACAGCAGAGAACCGAGAAUGUACAACUUGAGGAAUGGAUGUUAGAGGCAUAUAAGUCUGACAAAUUCCAGAAGGGGAGAAUCCCUGAGAUUCCUCCAACCAACGAUUUACUUUGA